CUGACAUGAGACAGUGCCCUGCCUAGUUCGGCCUGGAGGCCCCUGCUCAGGUACAAAAGGGGACAUUAUGGCAACGAGUGCUGUUCUGAGUGACAACCUCCCAACUUACAAGCUGGUAGUGGUGGGAGAUGGGGGUGUAGGAAAGAGCGCGCUCACCAUCCAGUUUUUCCAGAAGAUUUUUGUGCCUGAUUAUGACCCAACCAUAGAAGAUUCCUACCUAAAGCACACGGAGAUAGAUGGACAAUGGGCUAUACUAGAUGUGCUGGAUACGGCAGGCCAAGAAGAGUUCAGUGCCAUGAGGGAACAGUAUAUGAGGACUGGGGAUGGCUUCCUAAUCGUUUACUCAGUGACGGACAAAGCCAGCUUCGAGCAUGUGGACCGUUUUCACCAGCUUAUCCUCAGGGUGAAAGACAGAGAAUCCUUCCCUAUGAUUCUGGUGGCAAAUAAGGUGGAUCUGAUUCAUUUAAGGAAAGUCUCAAGUGAACAAGGCAAGGAGAUGGCCACAAAACACAAUAUUCCUUACAUUGAGACAAGUGCCAAGGAUCCACCUCAGAAUGUGGACAAGGCCUUCCAUGACCUUGUCAGAGUCAUUCGGCAGCAACUCCCAGACAAAAGCCAAAAGCGAAAGAGAAACACCAAGUGGAGAGGCGAUAGAGGGACCGGGGUUCACAGGCUGCAGUGUGUCGUAUUGUGACU